AUGGAAGCAGCUGAAGACGAGCCAUUGAGUCCAUCAGCAAGGUUAUUUCACGAGCCCAACUUCAACGUCCACGUUUUAUCCAUAAUGGGCAGCAAAUCAAGAAUCAAUCCUCAAGUUAUCAAAGAGCAGUUGGUCCAUACUUUCGUCAAGCAUCCUCGUUUCUCCAGCCUCCAGGUGGUGGAUGAGAAAAAUAAUGGAGAAAUGAAAUGGGUGCGCACAAAGGUGGACGUAGAAAAGCACGUUGUGGUGCCACAAGUGGAUGAACAAAACCUGCAGGAGUCACCAGACAAAUUCGUGGAGAAUUAUAUUCACAACCUUAGCAAAACAACACUUGACAAAUCGAAACCUCUGUGGGAUCUCCAUCUUCUCAAUGUCAAAACAUCAGAUGCUGAGGCUGUUGCCAUUUUACGAAUUCAUCAUUCACUUGGAGAUGGCACCUCUUUUAUGUCCCUUCUACUCGCCUGUACUCGUCAAAUUGCUGAUCCAGAUAAACUACCAACAAUUCCAGGAAAUAAAAAGAGGCCUAUUGAUUCUUUGGACCAGUAUUCGACGUCCAAGGGAUUGUGGCCAUAUGUUACAAAAGUUUGGUCAUUUAUGAGAUUGUUUUGGAACACAAUAGUAGAUGUGUUGAUGUUUAUGGCCACGACUGUUUUUUUGAAGGACACAAAUACGCCAAUUAAGGGCAGGCCUGGUUCUGAGUUUAAUCCUAGGCGAAUUGCUCAUAGGACAAUCAGUCUUGAUGAUUUGAAGUUGGUCAAAAAUACAUUAAAUAUGACGAUAAAUGAUGUCGCUCUGGGAGUAACACAGGCUGGUUUAUCUGUCUAUCUUAACAAGAGAUACGGUGGGGAUAAGAAAGACAAGGGAGCAACAGAGAAAAACAAUAAUCUCCCUAAGAACAUAAGGCUCAGAUCAACACUUCUUAUUAACUUAAGACCAAGGACUGGAAUUCAGGCUUUAGCUGAUAUGAUGGCCAAGGACACUGAGACAAAAUGGGGCAAUUGCGUUGGUUUUGUCCUUUUACCCUUUAAAAUUGCAUUACGAGAUGACCCCUUAGAUUAUAUUAGACAAGUUAAGGCAACCAUUGAUCGUAAGAAGAAAAACUCUCUUGAAGCUAUCUGCACAUUUUCCAUCUCCAAAUUAGCACUCAAGCUUUUUGGGAUUAAGACAUCAAGUUCAAUAUCGCACAGAAUUCUCACCAAUACAACACUGUGUUUCUCCAAUUUGGUGGGUCCUCAAGAGGAAAUUGGCUUCUAUGGGCAUCCUAUGGCUUAUCUUGCACCCAGUUCUUAUGGGCAACCUCAUGCGCUGAUGAUUAAUUUUCAGAGCUAUAUAAACAAGAUGACAAUAGUUCUAUCAGUAGACGAAAGUGUGAUUCCUGAUCCAUAUCAACUGCUGGACGAUUUUGAACAAUCUCUAAAGCUUAUCAAGGAUGCUGUGGUAGAAAGAGGCCUUUGCCUUGAAUAAAAACAAAUGUUGGACAAGCUCUUCUAGUUAUGGCUCAAAUGUUAUAGGAGUAGUUCUUUUUUCUUUUUAAUUAGGAAGUAUCUUAUUGACAAUAACAUUGGUACACAAGUAUAAUGCGACGGAUCACUAUCGCUACAAUAUUAAUGAAAUAUAAUUUUUUGAGCAAUAAGUUUUAUUUUUCUUUCACCAGCAAUAAGUUUACAUAUCAUAAUUGUGCUCGAUUGUGCCGAUAAACUCAGAGUCUUGCAUUUAUGAAUCAUGAAAUAGGGAACAACGUUUUCAAGUUUUGUUGAGGAGCAUCCAAAUGUGUAAUAACUAAUAAGCUAGUCACUAGUCAACCAUGGUUCUGAAUUUUGAGAGGGCAGCCUCUUUGAUAAGCAUGAAUGAAUCGACAAAAUCAUCUCCAAGUUGGUUCGGAUCUGGAAUUAUUCCUUCAUCAACUGCUACUGCAAAUGUUAACUUAUUGGCAUAACUACACCCAUGAACCAUUAGCCCCUACAAUAAUAUGCAGCAUUUGGAUUUAGCCACUUUGACUUGAGAAUGCUGUUUUUCUUUACUUACCUAACGGAGAGGGUCAAAAUAUAGCGGUAUGAGCGCAGAAGAUAUCAUAAAACGGAUCUCAGUUAGUUUGAAAUUGAUCAGACAUAAUUAAUUGAUCGAUUGACUGAAGUAACUUACAGAAGGAUGUCCAUAACAUGUAGGGGCAAAGAAUACCAAUCGAUGGCCAUACCAAUAAAUUUGAGAAUGUAUUUCGUCCCAAGGCAAUUGACCAUGUAUGCGUGCAAAACGACUAUGAUGCAGUUUGACAACUACCCAAACUUGAAAGGGAGCUAAACUUGAGAUCUUUUAGCCUUAGAGCCUCAACUAGUAGGUUAGGUACCAUGAGUGAUAACCUUUCUCUGCUGCUUUUUUAUAAAAUUGAAACUUCUCUUUGGGGUUGAUGUUGAACCUUUUAUUUGGGAACUAUGAAGUACAUACUGGAGGCCUCAAAUUCGAUCAAUUGACAAUUUGGAAUUAUGGAUAUAUCACGUUAUUCUCUUUUAUGUUGAGAAUAACGUUAAGAAUUGUUCUAAAACUCUCUUUUAAGAGUAAACACUUUGCAAUUUGAAGUGGGUGCUCUACUGGUUUGUUGGGAACACAAAUUUCCAGCCCCUUCC